CUGAGCUGCUGGCACCAGGCUCGGAGUCAGAGGCUGUUUUAGCACAUUCAUGCAUGUCGGCGGACGCUGAGCUUCGCAGUGGCUCAUGAGUAUAUGCCCUGCACGUUUCACAGCAAGAGAGCAUCGCUGGCGUGAAAUUUAGCCGCACACACUGUGAGAGCAAAACACCUAAGCGGCUGUGAACGAGCUUCACGCCCUUAUCGAUGGGUUUAGUCGCCUCAGUGGGCAGCAAGGCCAUGCAGCCUCCAGCGCCACCGACGUACGCGUUGGUCCCGGACGGACAAGCGUGGCGCUUCGACGACGACUGGUCGCCGCAGAACAACUACAGGAAUGGCUGUCCUAUCGUGUUUGCUACCGGCUCCGGGCAGACAGCGAGUUUGGCGCACACCGUGACGCUGCGGCCCGCAGGCGGCAAUCGCGAGAUAGCACUCCUGCACGUGUACUCGACGGAACCGUCGCCGACGCGACCGACCUUACUCUACUCCAAGGGUCGAUCCUUCGACAUGGGCCAACUUCGUUUCCAUUGCGUGCAGCUCGCCGCGUCUCUCGACGUGAACGUGCUCUACUACGACUACUCUGGCUACGGCUUCAAUCGGCUGGGGGUAAAGCCGUCUGUUUCCGCUACGCUCGACGACGCGAAAGCCGCCGCCGCGUAUCUCGAGCACGAGUUGGGCGUGCCUCCGUCGCAGACGAUUCUCUACGGCUUUUCGCUGGGGAACGGGCCUACUGCCUACCUCGCCGGCGACUUGCUCCGCGGAAGGGGCCUACGGGGGGUCGUGCUGCGUUCGGCGUUCAUCUCCGGCGUCGCGGCGGCCACGGACGUUAUUCAAAAGCAUGCCAUGAGUUACGCUCCUGUCGGCGGGCUCCCGUCGUUCCUGGACGUCUGGCCGGUCGAACGCCUUUGUGCGCGCUUCGAUGCGCCGACCCUGGUCGUCCACGGCGGACGCGAUGAGUUAUUGUCGCCUUGGCACGCGGAUCGCAUUCUGAGAGCGCUUCCCGAGGAAACCCGCGUCGAACCGUUCCUCCGAGACGACAUGGGGCACUUCGACGUCGAGCGGCGGCCGGACUACCUUGAGCGGCUCCGGACCUUCGUCCACGACGAGACUACUGUGUGAAAGCCUAGU